AAGAUGAACACAAAAAAUGGCGGAGAGCACGGUGCAUAACUCCGAAGUCCGAAGCAUUAGGCGGAUCGCACGGCUCAGGGAAACGUUAUGGGCUAGAAACUUGGCCCGUUCAGCCCAUCAAUGUAACCGAGCCGUACUCGUCAAGGCUCAGCCUGCUCUCUUCCUGCCCCCCCGUCCGAUCUCUACCCGGCGGAAUUCCGUAGACCUCGCCGUCGGCCACCGCCCGUGCAAUUUGGAGUUGAGGGAAGUUCACCGGAAGGCAGCACGAUGGUUCAGAAGAAGAAGAAAGCGGCCGCGGCGCCCAAACUCCGCAAGCUUCCGAAGCGCGACGCGGAUAAGAAGCUCGGGAAGAAGGGUGACAUGGCAGAGUUCAGGGCGCAGCUGGACUCCCUUGGGCUGAAGAUAGUCCAAGUCACGGCAGAUGGGAACUGCUUCUUCAGGGCAAUGGGUGACCAGCUUGAGGGCGAUGAGGAAGAGCACAUGAAGUACCGAGAUAUGGUUGUGGAUUACAUUGUGAAACACCGUGAGGAGUUUGAGCCAUUUAUCGAGGAUGAAGUUCCGUUUGAAGAAUAUUGCAACUCUAUGCUAAAGGAUGGGACUUGGGCUGGCCACAUGGAGCUGCAAGCCGCUUCUCUGCUGACAAGAAGAAAUAUAUGCAUUCACAUGCUUAAUUCACCACGUUGGUACAUAAACAACUUUUCUGGCCGUGAAGCUACUAACAUGGUUCACUUGUCUUAUCAUCAUGGUGAGCAUUACAACAGUGUCAGGCUGAGAGAAGAUCCAUGUCAAGGUCCUGCAAUGCCAGUUGUCAUCAAGACUGAUUCCAAUAUAUCCAACACAAACAAUAACGCUCAAACAAAAGCAAAGGAGGUGAAGAAAUCUUCACACAGGUCAACCUAUGACGACACAUCAGUUAAAUUGGUCAUGGCUGGAACUGGAUGUUCUGACAUUGCCAUAGCUGAGCAUGUUCUCGGAGAAAUGGAUGGUGAUGUUGAUGCUGCUAUUGAGUACCUGAUAGCGGAGCGACUUGCAGUCAGUACUGAUGAUGCGGAGGUAGACCUUUAUAUAAACCAUGCAUUUAACGGAGAUGAACCUACCAAGAGGCAAGAGGAUAAUAACAUGAUCGAGCACAAGGAUGAAGCAAAUUGUUCCAACGAAGAUGAAACUGUCGAGAAACCAAAGCAUUCAAACGCUGUGCAUUCUAAGAAGGAGAAGUCCAAAACCAAUGGUUGUUGCUCUUGUGGAUCUGCAAGGAAGCACAAGGCGUCUUGUAGUCUAGCCACAGCAUCAUCAUCAAGAGAGCCUCCAAGGGCCAAGGGCGGGCAAGGGAAAGGCCAGAGAGGAAAGAAGCAGAAGAAGAAAGAGCAAGCGGAAGCAGCAGCUGCCAAGGCCAAGGAGUCUGCAAUUGUGCCAGACCUAGGAGCUCUUUGCAUCUGAACACAAGCAGCAGAUACGCCAGCCCUGCUUUUCAUCCACCUGUGGCUUAUCAUCUCAUGCUUAGUUGAAGCGAACGCAGCAGAUCUGCUGCGUGCUGACUGAGGGACCGACGUGUAAUUCAUCCACACCACACGACAGGAGGGGCGAUGAUGUCGCUAAACUAGCAGGUUUUGCGAUGGUAUAGAAUCACAAUCGUGUCAUUGGUGUCAUGCUUACUAAACAAAUCUUGUUUUGACGCGUAAGCUGAUGAGCCUGUCGAAUGGCCUCUGGUGACGCGUUGGCCUCCACUGGACCCAUCUUGGUGCCACUGAUGCCCAGCCGUCAGGCCAGUCGCCUGGCCUGACGACUGAUGCCCAGGCCCAGCCUCCUUGAGAUCCGUGGAUCUGCCCUUCCAAAUGCUGAACUCUUGUGUAGAUUAUAAGCACUAGGGACUAGAUCACUAGAGUUAAGACCACUUAUCAUUUCUGAGUUCUCACUCUGUUCAUCCACUCGUUAGGAAGGCUAUUUUGAUGCCGCACAGGCAACUCUCCUAGACAGCUAAGGAUAUAAGAACGGAUUUAAUUGAUGUUGAAACGAUUUAGCUGCAGGUGCAUGCAGCUAGGGAUGAAAGUAGGAUGGGAAAAUCUCGUACCGACCGUUAUCGUAUAACUGAUUUUGUUAGUUUUAUUCCGAUCGAUUUCGAACCCGAGGUAAAAAACGAAAACGGAACGGAAAUGGGAUAUACAAAACGGUAAACGGAAACGGAAACGGUAGAGCUAGUUUCCCGACCGUUUCAUCGGGAUCCCGUUUUUAAUCGGAAUGAUCCCGUUUCGUUACCGUAUUUUCUAAUUCGGGAUCACUGCAAUAUGGCCAGCUCCAACUCCCAUCCAUAAUCACUGAGGCCCAGCCCAUGUAAGAAAAACCUAGCGAUCCGACCUGUCUCGCCUGGCGCUGCUCUGCCUCUCUCCCAGGCGGCCAGCCGCACGUCCGCACCACAGCAUCACACAUUCACACGCCGCCACGCGCCCACGCCGGAGUCCGGACGCCGCCAGCCGCACGCCGACGCCGGCGACGCGUCUCGCUCUCGCCUGCUCUCUCCCUGUCUCCCAGCCGGCCGGCCGCACCAGGCACCACACGCGGUGACGCGGCACGCCGGACGCAGACACCGCCAUCCGCCCAUCCGCCGAACGCCAUCCCUCCACUGCUCGUCCUCCAGACCUCCACUCCACUGCUCGCCCAUCCGCGGUCCGCUCAUCCGCCAUCCGCCAUCCGCGGUCCUCCAGACCUCCACUGCUCGCCCAUCCGGCCAUCCGCGGUCUCCCUGUCUCCACGGUUGCUCACAGCAGUACCGCACCAAGCUGCAGUGUGCUGUCCAGGGCUGCUGAUUGCUGAACACCUGCUGUCCAGGGGCUCUGCUCUCCACUUCGGCUAGCCGGCUACAACUCCAUUCCUCAGAUGACGCCUCCGGUUGGAAAUAAUCCUCCCUCAGGCUCAGCCAUAAGAUUGGCCAAGUUGAUGUGUGCUAGUAGACUUAUAUGACUUCUUAUGUUAGCCAAGAGCCCAAGACUUAUCACUUAUGUGCUACAUUAAACUAUGUGUGCUCCGGAUUUAUAUGGAUUUUAUCUAUGUUUAAUUAAGACUUGUGUUUACAAUUUUUUAUAUUUGUUUUUAA